UUGAAGCCAGACAAUAUGCUCAUUUCUAAUCAGGGACAUAUAAAGUUGACAGACUUUGGGCUUUCCAGAGUUACUCUGAAUAGAGAAAUAAAUAUGAUAGAUAUCCUUACUACCCCAUCAAUGGCAAAGCCAAAACAGGACUACUCACGUACUCCAGGACAAUUGUUGUCUCUUAUCAGUUCUCUGGGCUUUUAUACUCCUAUAGGAAUGAAAGUGCCAGGGCACAAAUCAAGUCAAUCAUCUGACAGUCUGCAUGGAGUGGUUUCUCCUGUACCUAUGGCCCAAAAGGAAAAUACGCCUUGUUCAACUAAACUAUUCAAAACAUAUCUGGAUAAUUCUCAAUUAACACCUGUGAUGCCAGCGAGGAGUUUAACUCCUACUCUACUUCAGUCAAGAAAUAGGUUUGGUUCCUCCAGUGUCAGUAGCCAGUCUCAGACACGCAUGUCCAGUGUGGAAUCAGAAAACUGGAGCAGCCCCAGGUGGGGGAAAGAUGUAGAGCAAAGUGAAGAUGAACUCCGUUCUACAACAUGCAAAACCAGUAACAGUGGGUCAGCUGUCCUUUCAAAUGUUUUGUUGCCAAAUAGCAAAGGUAUUGAAGUUUUAAAGAAAAAAGAACUUGAGUCUGCCAUUUCUCCUAUUGCCAGCAAUGAUUCUGGCAGUAGGCAGAAGUUGGGAAGUGAAUGUUUGGAUGUAACAGAUACUCCUGUGAGCACUCUGGAUGUGAAAGGUGUAGUAAGAAAGUAUAUUUCUGAAAAUAAGAUUUGGAAAGAAAAAGUCCUUGUAAAUAAAAGAGACAUUAGUUAUGAAACAGCAGAGACUUCCAGACUACAACAGUCACUUUCAAGGCAGAAUGAACCUGUCAAAGAGGAAGAAAUGUUUGAAAAGCCAGGUGUAAAAAGAAGCUUUGAAUCAGUUGACACUAGUCCUUGUCAGGAACUUAACUAUGUUAAAAAAAGCAAUGCGGAAUAUAAACGUGGCUGUCCCAUCUCAGAAUUUCCAGCAAACAAAGGGACAGGUUUGACAACAGAAAUUCAAUCCUUAAUGCUUUGUCAUGAUGGAUGCCUGUGUGACACUUGCAAAAGCAAGGAAGAAAUUAAGAGUUUUAUUAGUAACCAGGAAACAGUAGAAAGAUCACUUACUCCAACUGUAGCUAAAAAUCUUAUGUGUGAUCUGGAUGCAGACUGUGGAAAGGAUGAUGAAAAGGAGUAUAUGAACUCAAGUUUUUUAGGCACUGAUAAUGAAAAACAUUUAGAUGUCUUCAGUGCAGAUUCAGACUUACUUCCUGAAGUGUCUGUUACAGAAAGCCGUCUAGAAAAACAGCUUUCAGAUUUGGACAGGAGUGUUAAAGACCUCUCCUUUGAGAAACCAAAACCUGAAGGUGUGCUAAUAACAUCACCGGAGUCCCGAGAUGCCUCACAGGUUGGAGAGGAGGCACACACAGCCCAGGAGUGCAAGCCAUUACAUCAGGAAAAGGAUAAUGACCAGAAACACAUGGAAGAAACUUACCUUGAUGCAGUAUCUUCUCCUUCAGAAAAGAUGAUGGAAGCACUGAGUCUCUUUAAAAAAAAUGCUGUUGUUUUUCGGAGUUAUAAUAGUCCAAUCAACGUAUCCAAUAUAUCUGAGCCAUGCAGCAUGGCUUCCUUAGAUAUAAUGGAUCUUUCACCUUCUUGCAGUGGCUCUUACCCAACAGCUAUCACUCCAUUACAGAAAGGAAGACCAUAUCACAUCUAUCAGACCCCUCUUCGAGGGGAUGCUGGCACUCCGUAUAGGACUCCAAAGAGUGUUCGAAGAGGGGCUGCCCCUGUAGAAGGUGACCGCAUCCUGGGGACCCCAGACUACCUGGCACCUGAGCUGCUUUUGACACAGCCUCAUGGGACUAUGAUCUCUGGUUCUGCUGUAGACUGGUGGGCCCUUGGAGUUUGUCUAUUUGAGUUUCUAACUGGAAUUCCACCUUUUAACGAUGAAACACCAACACAGGUCUUCCAAAAUAUUUUGAAAAGAGAUAUUCCCUGGCCUGAGGCUGAAGAAAAACUGUCUGAUAAUGCCCAGAAUGCAAUAGAUAUUCUUCUAACAAUUGACACUACUAAGAGAGCUGGACUGAAAGAACUGAAGCAUCACCCCCUCUUUCAUGGGGUGGACUGGGAUAAUCUCCAGAAUCAAACUAUGCCAUUUAUACCUCAGCCAGAUGAUGAGACUGACACCUCUUAUUUUGAAGCUAGAAACAAUGCUCAGCACCUGACUGUGUCUGGAUUUAGCUUGUAGCAUCAAGAUAAGUGAACAUUCUCCAUGGUUUUGCACACUUACAGGUUGUCUUGUGAACCCUAGUUUGGUCUUGACUAAGUUUCCUUGCUGAAUUUAGUGUGUUUCAAGUUACCAGUCUAUUUUUAUUAUUCUGUAUUCGAAAGUGAAACUGCUGUAUGAAACUGGUAUCAUGCCUUCAUGCUACUUUUUAUUUCACUGCACCUUACUAAGAGGCCAGAGCAUUGCAUUUAUUGGA